CCCUCAUUUCAAUUCAAAUAAUCCACCUUCCCUCGGAAUCCAAUUUCAUCAUCGUCUCUCUCUCUCACUCUCACACACACACACGCAGUUCUCUGAAGAAUAGCAAAAAUGAUGAACGGUCCACGUCACUAUCACAAUCUCAGCAAAGAAGCCACGGAUCUUCUGUACAAGUAUUACUCGAAUUUCUCUCGCAUUUCUCACACCGGCGCCAAUCGACGUUAUGAAAUUGCGUUGCCUCUCUCUCUAUUCCUGUCUUUCAAAUCCAAGGAGCUUGCACCUGGACUGAAGACCAUCUUCAGCUGUGUUGUUCCUGAUAAGAGAUCUGGUAUGGUUGAACUUCAGUAUUCGCACAAGUAUGCAGCAAUCAGCACCAGCAUCGGUUUGACUGCUAAGCCUAUAGUUAACUUCUCUGGGGUGACUGGAAACAACACAGUAGCAGUUGGGACUGAUGUUUCUUUUGACACUGCUUCUGGGACUAGCAACAAUUAUAAUGUGGCCCUAAGCUUCUCAAAUUUUGACUUCAAUGCCUCCUUGACUCUGAAUGAUAAGGCGGACACCCUUACAGCUACCUGCUACCACACAGUGAACCUGCUUACCAAUACAGCAGUUGGGGCAGAAUUCAAGCAUAGGUUCUCGAGCAACAAUAACUCUCUGACAAUAGGGACACAACAUUCACUAGAUCCAUUGACCAUGGUAAAGGCGCGGGUCAACAAUGCUGGCAAAGUUAGUGCUCUCCUGCAAUAUCAAUGGCGCCCAAAGUCUGUGUAUAUCAUAUCAGUUGAAGUGGACACUAGAGCUAUUACCAAGAUUCCAAAGUUUGGACUGUCUUUUCAACGAGUACAGCCUUGAACAGAAAAAAACACGUUCAAACAAGUACAGAUUUGCGACAAGAGAACAAUGUCAAUUUGAUGUUGAUUUUCCCCAUAGAUAAUGUUGCACUUUGCAUCUACUCUGGAGAUUUUGUGGUCAACUGCCACCCUUGAGGACUCGGCUGCCAUUUGUUGUCUUGUAAAAUUUGUCCAUUGAUUUGGUUUUCGUUGCUAACAGUGGAUCAGUUGCUGUUUAAGCAAACAUUUAUUGAAUUCAGUACUAAUAAUUCUAUU